GCUGAGGUGUCAUUCACGUGCCACACGUACAAAAUUCGCCCGUGCCGUCCGUCAGCUCUAACCGAUGUGCAGGGUUCUACAGCCGCCCCGCGUGCCCGCGCGCGCCACCUGCUGUGUGGGGCGUUUCCUACGCGCACCGUGGACACGCGACAGCGCUGAGCGCCCGGCGCCUUUCACGAGCCGGGGCGUCCGUGCGCACUGCCGGGCUCUGGGACCGCGGGCGAGCGCUUCGCUGCCCUCCCUGGCACCGCGUCCUCGGCCGCUCCUAUGCGGCGGCGGAAGGAGACUUCCUGGGUGCAGAACAGCGAGACCGGGAGGACCGGGCCGGGGUCCGGGUGUAGGUUUGGGGUGGGAAGGGGGCCGCCCGCAUCCCGCGGGAACCCUUGGUGAGCGGCCCGGCCGGGCUCGCGGAGGCACAGGGACGCCCGCGAGGGUCGGCGGCGCCUGGCUGCGUUGCGCUCCCGGCCGCAGGGGGCGUCCGGAGCGCGGCCCAAAGCCCUCCGCGGGUUGCUAGGCUGCCAUUUGGCGCUAAGAUGGGUGAGGCGCUGAUUGGUGGGGUCUGGACGAGGCGGCUGUCGGGUGUCGCAGCGACUGGGCCACAAAAAGCGUACCCCGGAGCUGUCGUCGCCAAUUGGCCCCGAGAGCACCGGAAAUGCCUGCGCACUGGACAGAAGAGACUGCACUCAAAGGCCGGGGGCACCGCUCAUUGGGCCGACGCUGGAGGCGUGUCUCGGCCCGUUCGGUGAUUGGGCGUGGGCCUAGCAGAGACGGCACGGGCGCGGUGAUUGGACGCUGGGACCCAGCGGCCGCGGCGCGCAAUCCGAGGAAAGUCAGCGCAAGCUGCAUGGGGCGGCGGCGGCGCAGGGUGGACCGGGGAGCCGCGGUCGGGGCCUUGCCCGAGGCCAUCGCCGCGCUGAGUCGGACGCUGCCCGCUGGGCCCAGCCCCGAGAUCUUCCGCCGCGCCAAGUUCGACCGUCCGGAGGCGGCCCCGGCGCUCUGGCAGCUGCUCUUUCGCGUGCUCUCGCCGCUGUCAGCCAACGGCGCCUCGGCGCCCGCAGCCCAGGAGGCCCAAGUCCGAGUGGUGAAGUCGGAGCUGCACUCCCAGGGCUACCCCAGGCGGGCGCUGGCACAGCUCCCUGAGGACGGCUCCCAGGGCAGUCGCGAGCUUCUGCUGGCCUUGGCCUGGCUCCUGGCCCGCGGGCCCCUGCUCGAGCGGCUGCUGGCCCAGACCCGCGUGCGGCUGGGCGACGAGAUACCCCUGUGCGAGUGUGAAGCCCUGGCCAGGCCUGGCCCCCCUGUACCCCGUGUGGAAGCAGAUGGCCCUGUGGACAUACGCCACUUGCAGUGGCUGAUGGGAAAGCUGCGGUUCCAGUGGCGGAAGCUGAUCACCAGUCAGCAGGAGCAGUGUGCCCUCCUGGGCAAGAUCCACUCAUACACCCGCGGCUGCCACAGUGACCGCAGCCUUGGCCACCUGUCUGUUGCUGAGACCGAGCUGCUCAGGGACGCGGAGGGCGGCCAGCAGGUUUCUGGAGGGGUUGCUGGCAGAAGCCCGGAUCGGUGUACCCAAAGAGCCCGCACUCUUGGGAUGGGUCCCAGAAGCUUCUGGAGUGAUCUAUGGUUGCUGUGUGAGUGGCCAGGCGUGCUGCGGAGUAGCUGGACAGUGAGCGUGCUUGACCCUGGAAGGAGCAGUGCCUGUGGCCUGGAUGCACCUCCCCGGUCGCUGCUUCGGAGUCUGGAGAGCGAGAAUGUGCGCCUGGAGGCAGCCCUGCAUUGGAGGCGCCAGGAGCUGGUCUUCUGGCUGUGGAUGGACACAGUCCUGGGCACCUGCCCUCCAGAGGCCUCGCAGCCCACGUUUGUGCCGCGGAUCCCCGAGCGGGGGGCUGGCGAGUGGGAGCUGGUGGCCCGCGAGCUGCAGGCCCUACGGGAGGAGUUGCGGGGAGCCGCGGAGCCCCGGCGGGCAGCCUGGGAGGCCAGGGUUGGAGGCUGGGGGCCUGAGUGGAGUGCGGUGCAGCGGGCCUCACGGGAGGCCGUGGGACUCGAGCUGGCGGCUCUUCAGCGGGCCUGGGAGCGAGGUGGGGCCGCAGCCCAGCCCCACGGGCCCUGCCGUCUGGUGAAGAGUGACGCCGGAGCCUCGGGGGGCCCAGGCCUGCGGGCGGCCCAGGUGAUUGAGGUGCUGAGGAGCCGGGAGGCCUGCCUGGAGGCAGUGCUGUGCCAGCUGCAGAGACAGUGUCGGCAGGAACUGGCCAGGCUGGUGGGAGCCCUGCCCGGCCUCAUCUGGAUCUUGCCACCCGGUCGUUGAGGCCCUGUGCCCGCCUCGAGGGGGACCUGCCCUGACCCGCCCCGGUUGGGCCUCGGAGGGGCAGAUUUCAGGGUGGUGGCAGGGACGACGCAGACACAGGGCCCCAGGCAUGGUCUCCCUGAGCCCUGGGGCUGUCCCCACCUGGGGCAGAGCCCAGCCCCUUGGCUAGUAAUACUGGGGGCAGGCAUGACAGGCCCAGUGUGGAGUCCGUGGGCCCUCAGGACCAAGAGAGGACCCAGAAAUAAGUCGUAGAGACCUCCCUGCGGGGGUGAGGCUCUGUUCUGGCCCUCCCUCUGCCACCCUUCCAGGUUCCUAUCUGGGGCAGGCUGGGGAGGGUCCGGUCCGUGCUCAGGCCCAGGGGAAGGGGACCCUGGGGGGGUGGUUGCCGAAGCUGGGCUGGUCCAGCGCUGCCCAGGUGCUGGUGGGUCAGGCAUGGCCUGCAACACGGCGUGGGGAUCGGGGUCCUUCGGGGGAUUGCCCCGCAUGCCCCCUACACACUGUGCCCCGGGCCCCUACUGCACACCCCGCCCUGUGGGUGCCUGGUGUGUGCGUGGGGGGCAGGGACGCCGGCUGGGAGCCCGGGGGUAGGGGGCUCUGCUCCUCUCCCGGGAGCGGUGCUGGGGGUGAGGGGGAGGCCACUGUGGACAGAGGGGGCUUUGUUCCCGAGACCGGUCGGGGAGCUGGGCUCGGCCCUGACAAAGAGCCAUCUGUGUCUGGGGGAUGCGCCCCCAGCUUGCCGGAACAGGCCCCCUCCAUCCUGGGGGCUCAGCCUCUCGGCACCCCUCACCCAGCAGGCGCAGACAGCCGCGUCCCUGCCUCCCUCGCCAGGCUCCCCUGUCCUAGGGCGGUUGAACCCCAGGCUGCUGCUGGGCGGGCCUAGGGUCCUGUCCUCGGCCUCCUGCUGCCAGCCAGUUCAGGCCCGAGGACACUUCCACGCCUGGGCCCCCGCAAGAACAUUCUCUCACUGGCUCUUCCUGCCUGGCUGGCGUGUUGCUGGUGUUGCCUGGUCUCCGCCAGCCUACCCCCACCCCGACCCCCGUCCCUGGGGGGCGUCGGGUUCUCCCCUCCCCACACGGCCCCCUCCCAGCUCCUCACGUGCUCCAGCUGUGGCCCGGGGCCUGUGGGGCCCCGGCCCUCCACCUGUCGCCUCAGUGUGUGAAGUCACUUCUAGAACCCCUGCCUGCUGGGCCCUCCGCCAUCCUCCUAGCCGCUGGACAGGACCCUUCCUGGAAACAAGUCACUCAAAGCUCCCUGUCCUCUGUGAGUGCCAUUGAGUCAGGACACCCACUGGCCCCCGAGAACGAAUUUUAGAAACCAAAUGCAAACUCAGUGUUCUGGAGCUGUCCCUUCUCAAACUGCUCUGUGGAUCCAAUACAGCCCACUCGAGACCC